AUGGACUCCAUGUCCAUGGCUUCUUCACAUGCCGCUGGUGCAGAUUUGUCUCAUUUCGACUCCGCAUUGUUAGCCCGCCUUUUAGGCCAAAAUUCUCUCCGCGAAGCGGCAGCGGCGGCGACCGUUUCGUCACACUGUUGCCGCGGCGGCGGCAGCGGCAACGACUAUUUUACGGAAAACGUAACUCUGUCAAGUAUUUCUUCCAACAUCGCAAACCCCAUCGCCUCCGGCGUCACGGGUGGUGGCGGCGAAUGCGGCGGCGCAUCCGGCAGUGCAACCACAAACAAAGACGAAAAGGCGGAAUCGUAUCAGUGGAAGAAAUAUGGGCAUAAAUUCCUUCCUUCUCAGAAUGCAAAAAGGUUCUACUACCACUGCGCGGAGCGCGACACCACCGGCUGUCCCGCGAAGCUCAUCAUCGACAAGGUCCCGAAGAAGAAAACCAAGCACGGCCGGCGCGCGGAACUUAAGGACUUGGUGGCGGCGCGGGAAGUUCCAGGAUCCGGUGCGCGGCGGCCGCCGAUUGAUGGAGCCGCCGUCGUUGGGGCGGAUCGCGAGUCCGGCUCGCCGCGAUAUGCGGUCGCUGGUCGAGGGGAGAAAGGGGAAGACGCGGAAGAUUUCGAUUUCGGUUGGGAGGAGAAUCGGGAGAUUCUCGACGCGCUUCCGGUGCUCGAGCGACGCGUGGAUCGCACGCUCACGCCGCGCCGCUUCUGUCCCGCUGCGGAGGUCGGCCUGACGGCGCGACUCGCGUUUUCCCGCGGCGCGCGCGUCUCCUCCACGCGCGGGGACUCUGCGGACGCCGCCGCCCGCGCGUUCGCGGACGCAAGUGCUUUGCGGGCGGCGGCGGAGGGAUUUAACGCCAGUGGCGGCGCGGCGUGCGGGAAGGCGGAGGAGGGAUUUGAGACGCUGUGGUCGUAUGUAGAGGCGAACCUGCGGCAUCGCGUGGCGUCGCAAGCAGCUGCAGCAGCCGCCGCCGCGGCUUCCGCCGCUGCCCCGCUCGCUGUGGCUUCGCAAGUAGCAUCAGCAGCUGCUGCUGCUGCAGCUGCUGCCCCGUUCGGGGUGGCAUCGCAAGUGGUAGCAGAUAGUGCUGCUGGCCCACAUGGGUUGGUGAUGAACGGGUGCAAGAGCUUUCAGCACAGGCAGGCGGUGGCAAGCCUGCUAGGAUUGGCCGCGGCGCAGCAAGAGGAGGCACCGCAACAGGCUGAGGGUGCUGCUCAGGAGUCUAUUGUGUUACAUACUGGCAUGAGCUGUCCUGUUCUGCCGCCACUGUCAAGAUUCGAGGAGAUUCAAGCGCUGUACCUUCAAGGGCUGCUGGGCGGUCAGGGUCUGGUGGCGAGCGGUGGUGAGGGAGUAGGGGGUGAGAUGGAAGGGAGGAGGGUGUGUGGGGAUGAGGGGAAACCAGGAUUGAGAGAGGCAGGAGGAGGAGGAGAAAGUGUGGUGGCAGUGGCACCCUUGGCAGUGGAGAUGGAUUUGAUUGGUCAGCUUGGUGAGGGAACUGCAUUGAGGGGACAGGCAGGCGGCCAUGGUGCUCCUCAGGUGCUUUCAACAGAGCUGUGCCUCUGA